AUGGUUGUGCAUAAUCCAAAUAACUGGCAUUGGGUCGACAAAAACUGUAUUGAUUGGACGAGACAGUAUUUCAACGAAAAAUUAGUCAAUAUAUCUGCUGUUGGAGACGAUAAGGAUGUAUUUGUCAAAUCAAUUUCAUCUGUUGAAGGAGAUGUCGAGGUUUGUCAACGUAAGGGAAAGGUUAUCUCACUUUUCGACUUGAAAGUUGUCUUUGAGAUCAAAGGGCAUUCGGUUUCUCAGUCUAAAAAAGAGGGCGAAUUUUCCGGUUCCAUCACAGUCCCUGAAUUGGCAUAUGAUUCGACUGAAGACGAUUUACAAUUCGAUAUCAGCAUCUACAACGAAGAUGCCGAUUCAGAGAAGAUGAGACCACUUAUUAAAAAAGAAUUGUUACCAAAAUUAAGAGAUAGUUUGAUUAAAUUCGGCCACGACUUGAUUACUACUCAUAGUUCUGAUAUUCAAUUGUCCUCUGACAAAGUUAACUCGACCUAUACCAAGGCCAAUCAAGAAACUGCUCAGAACACACCAGCUGCGGCAAAGAAAGCGUCUAAUCCAACUCCGCCAGUCCAAAAGAACUCGCCAUCGGCUGCGGCAGCUGCAAAAUCGGAAUCAAACUCGUCCGUACCAAAAUAUAACACAUCCACGUUACACUUGGAACCUACUUUCAACACCACCGCUGAGCAAUUGUAUAUUACCCUUUUGGACCAGCAACGUGUUGCUGCAUGGAGUAGAUCCAACCCAUCGAUGGGAAGCUUCCCACCAGAAGAAGGUUCCGAAUUCAGCCUUUUUGGGGGCUCCAUCAGUGGAAAAUUCUUAAAAUUAGUUCCAAACGAAAAGAUCGUACAAUUAUGGAGAUUAGAAGACUGGAAGUCGGGCCAUUAUGCCCAAUUAGACAUGCAAUUGAUCCAGGGUGCGGGUGAAACAAAAAUGGUUGUGAAAUGGUCUGGUAUCCCGGUCGGUGAAGAGGAUAGAGUUAGAGGUAAUUUUGAGGACUACUACAUUAGAUCUAUAAAGAUUACUUUUGGUUUUGGUGCAGUAUUGUAA